GAUAUCUAAUAUCCUUAUGAAAGUCCCACUAAUUUAAAUUUGUGCCAUACUUAUUCGAAAAAGCCUCCCUACCAAAAAAUUUUAUCAGCUCAAGGCUACACCACAUCUGGUCGUUGAUCUAGUACAUACAUACACGCUAGCUAGAAAACUUGGCCUAGCUAGAAGCUGCCAAUUGCAACAGCUGCACUAACCACACAAAAAAAUUACAAAAGCAUUACUCCUCCUUACCUACAUAAUUCUUCCAAGAAUUUCAUUUCACCCCAAAGUGCAAGGGAGGAAAAUACAUGAUGGCUUCUGUGCAGGGUAGCCUAGCACUUGCAAAGUUUCCUUCUUCUUCCUUUCCCUCCACCGCUCCCAAAAUCUUCAAUUUUCUUCACCCUUUCCCUUCUACAACUCUCACUGCCACUCUAUCUCUAUUUUCUUCAACACUCACUACACCAAAACGAGUUUCUAGUUUGGUGGCUAAAGCUUCUUCCACCACUGCCUAUCCUCAAGACAUAGCUGAUGUCCUCGCUGAUGUUACUAUUUUCACUGCCACUGGUCAGCCUGUCAAGUUUCACGACCUUUGGGAUCAAAAUGAAGGAAUAGCUGUUGUUGCACUUCUGAGGCAUUUUGGCUGUCCUUGCUGCUGGGAACUUGCUAAAGCACUCAAAGAGACAAAAGAGAGAUUUGAUUCUGCUGGUGUAAAGCUAAUUGCAGUUGGUGUUGGCGCUCCUAACAAAGCUCGUAUUCUUGCUGAAAGGUUACCAUUUCCAUUGGAUUGCUUGUACGCUGAUCCUGACCGCAGGGCAUACGAUGUCCUAGGCCUGUAUUAUGGUGUUGGGCGCACAUUUUUCAACCCAGCAAGUGCUACAGUGCUCUCUAGAUUCAAAGAACUGUGGGAAGCUACAAGGAACUACACUAUUGAAGCCACCCCUGAUGACAGAAGUGGUGUGUUGCAGCAGCGUUCACCCUUUAAUCCGUCUUCGAGCGAAUGUAUCCCCACGCUAUGCAGGAAUCGAUCGUUCUACUCCUUCUGCAUAGUGAUCGAAUUUCAGGAUCGACUUUUGGAUUGAAUGGAGAUCCAUAAGUUGUCGAUCAGGCAAAUCUGUCAUUUGUCCACCCUUACAUCUGGUUUCAAUUUGAAAGUCAGAUUGGAUGGCUCAUAACUGGCUAGAUUUUGAGGUUUGAAGAUUAGUCUUUCUAAUUUCGGAUGUUCCAACAUUGUUAGUGGCCUGUAACGAGUGUUGCUUAGUACUUUGUUUAAGUAGUCUUGAGAGGGGGAGGCUUCCGUCUUUUCUUUGUCUUUGCUAGUAUACAUACUGAAACAAAAAUUGUUAGUUGUCUUCUUUUAUUAGUCUACUUAGCUGAUCUGCUAGGUUAUUAUCUUUACCGUUAAUAUGUUCUAGAACAAUAUUAUAAAUUGAAGUGGCAUCUAGAAAAUU